AUGCGGCGCCUCGCGAACCGCAGCCAGAUCAUGAAGGCGACGCCAGGGCGCGCCUACCUCAUGGACCCAGAGGCGGGAUGGUGGCAGCACUCCAGCACGCUGCUCAUCCGCUACACCGCCCUGGCCACCAACGACAAGGACACCCGCACCCAGGGGCAGCUCAGAAGGACCACCGGGUCCAUGGUCGACCCCACAGAGGCCAACGAGUGGAAGCUGCAGGUCGCCUUGGACUUCUGCGACGAAGGAGACCUCCACCGCAUCUGCGCCACCACUGAUCGCUGGACCAACAUUGCGAUGGCCAGGGCGGCGGGCCGAUCCCGCAAGCGCUACCUCGAUUGGGCCAAGCGGGCCUGGAAGGAGCCCCCUUGCACGCUCCACCGCAUUGCGGCGGGCCCGAGCCCCUCGAAGUUCGAGGCCAAGGUCAAAGUAGUCACCGUCGGCAGCCCCUGCACCGUCAUGAACAAUGCAGCGGGUGUCUGGCGGCAGAUCUGGACCACCAGCGCUUGCGAUGAGAAGCAAAUCAUCCAGUCUGACCUCGAGCACGUCUACGCCGCGGCCAGCGUUGCCGACCCCGAGAAGGCGCGCGGGGGCGAUGACAUCGGGCCCCUGGACAUCCAGCGCCUGCCGCCCAGGGGCAUCGAGAAGCUUGCUGCGGUCUACAACUUUGUGGAGUCCAGCGGGCUGUGGACCGGGGGGGUGCCCGGGCAAGUCGCCAAGGACUUCGCCGCAGUUGGGGCGGUCGUCCGCAACGGAAUUGUGGAGGCGGAGCCCAGGGUGUCGUCGAAGACCACCGCCAUCGCCUCCAGUCCAGCGGUGGCGCUCGACGCCCACGCCACCCUCGAGCGCGAGGGUUGCCCCAUCAAGGUCGCCAGCGCCUCCGUCGACGUAGGAGUCGACGCCGUCGGGGCGCGCAGGAGGGCGGCGGCGAAGGCCACCAAGAGGGCGCUCAAGGCGAAGCGGAGGCUCGUCUUCGCGAAGACCAUCGGCUACGGCGGCAAGCGCUGGCGCAAGGUGGUCGGCCCCAUCUCUGCCGUCCAGGCCAUCCUCGCGGGCGCAGGGCGGGGCUGCCCGACUCCCUACGAGUGGUCCCGCCAGCCUCACGGAUGUGAGCAGGCUGAGCAGACGCGGCUCCUACCUCACAAGGACUGCGGCGACAAGGGGCAGCGCCGCGAUGAGACCGGCCCUUCGCAGUUGGCCCUCGAGUUCUGCCAGACCAUCGAGACCGGCUACUGGAACGACGCCGCGGAGCACCUCGACGGCGAGGGCCUCCAGCGAGGCGGAGCCCACGCGUGCGCAAUCACCAUGGAGAUGAUCAGUUUCAUACGCAAGGGCUCUGGCUCUGUCGCGGUGGAAUGGUUGCCCUCUCACAGCGAGGGCGCCAAGAACGCGCCCAACGACACUGUCCGCUUUGCCCGCGCGCUAGGCGACGCAUGCGCCGACGCCUGGACUGGAGCGGCCGCCCAGCGCGCGCGGAAGGCAACCCUCCUUGGCGCAGCCCCGCCGACAGACUUGCGCGACGCCCAGCGUGCCCUGAUCCGCCGCCGCGCGCGCCGCGCGCUUGCUGACGCACCAGCGGUGGACCCCUGGGUCGCGGAGCGACCCUCGCAGGCCACAGGCGCGCGGCUCACUGUGCUACAGCGCGCCCUCCAGUCCAGUAGCCACUCCUCCGAGCUCUGUGCGAGCAAGUACAGAUGCUCGACCUGCCGGCUCACUGCCGGCAAGCGAGCUGCACGCCAAGCAUGCGCCACACUAUGCCAGCCUGCCGCCCCACUGCCUGUCGCCAGCGAGCAGGUUGUCCCAGUGGAGGGGGCGGCCGCUGUCUUCGGCCGUCCGCUGCGCGACUCUCACAAGCUCCACUUCAUGCAGAAGUUUUGCCUGCAUGUAUGCCGGGAGUGCGGCAAGACAGCGACCGAAGACCCUCGCCAUCUUGCCGCCCCGUGCACUGGCGUCACACGUAAGGGCAAAGAGAACCUUGCUGAUAUUGACAAAGGCUUGUUCACCCGCGCCCGAGCGGGACGCGAUGGCCUCACUCCAUAUGUUCGAGCAGCGGCCCACGGCAUGGCCGUGGACGAAGCGGUCGCCGCCGCUGCGCUUGCCGCUCCUGCCGCCAGCGCUACACAGGAUGUCGUCGUGAGUUCGGAUCUGAAAGAGUACACUACCUCGGUCAUGCAAGCUAUCCAGGAAGACGUGGCGCGUUCAGUGGCUGAGGAUGAGGCUGCCGUUGUGGCCUCCAACGGUCGUCAGGGGAAGGCCCUCAACCAGUUCUUGGGUGUCUUCGGAAGCGACGGCAACACGGUGUCGGGGGUCAAUAUGGGCGUUGGCGACACGGCGGGUAGGCCCCGUAGGAGGAAGAAGGGUUUGUCUCAGGUGCCCUUGGGCAAGCUCCGCAUGUUCAGGAAGGCUCAGAAGGCCCUGGGGACGCACUCGCGGAAGAUUUUCAUCGCGGACCCCCAGUGUGGAGCUACCUACGGCGCCGAUGCCCACGGCACCUCGGACACGGAGCUCAAGGAGACUGGGUAUCUGUUCGACGGUAUCUCCUGCCAGCUGUGCGACCAGGGCGACAGCAUCCAUGACAGGCCCUCGUCGCCACCGCUGGGACAGGACAACCACCGCCAGUCAAUCAAGGCUGAACGCUCCGCGCUGUGUCGGAUCGUAGCGCUGGGGGCGAGCGUCGUGUCGACGCCGCGGGGGUUGAGCAUGAUCAGCCUGACGGCCGCGAAGCACGCGGGCGUCGAGCAGGACGCACAGCGGUCCGGACGCCCCGCGUUCGGCUUCGAGUACGUGACGGUCACCUUGCUACAGGAGGCCAGCAAGUUGCUGGUGGCCACCCUCUGCUUCCGGUGGGAGCUGCUCGCCGAGGCCAGGUCAUCCUGCGGGCAUCUGGACGAGCUGCAGGUCUCCCCCCCGCGGCGCAACGUUUUUCGCCUGCGCCACUUUCUGCGCUUCGGCGUUCCGGGCCUGCUCUACUGCCUGGACAACAAUUUCCAGUACGUCAUUCUUGGUUUCCUGCAGCCGGCGGAGCUCGCCGUGCUGUGGAACUUCAAGAUCCUCGCCACGGUCGUCCUCUUGCGCGUGUUCCUGCACCGCAAGUACACGUGGGACCAGUGGGCCGCCAUGCUGGCCCUGGCGCUGGGCUGCGCCCUGACCCAGGAACGCCCCGCG